AUGGCGCCCCCAGCAACCAUCACCUACUCUCUCCAUCCGACUCCCACCACCCCCUCCCCCGCCUCCCAUAUUCUACGCUCGGCCAUCGAAGGCAUCCGAGCCCACUUGCCUCUUCGCAACCUUCACUGGAAGUCUUCCUCAAGAACAUCUCUCAGGACUAUCCAGGAGGUUGAUAUCAACCUGAUCGAUCUGGGAGAGGCCAGCUCUAUUCGGGACAAUAAUGGGAGCGUACUCGAUGCACCUCUAGUCAACCUAUGCCUGGUCGUCUGCGAGGACGCCGACGUAUACAAGAACCAGACUCGAAAUUUUAUCAGGGACUGGCUGUCGUUGCUAGCUGCUCGGCGGACACCCCACGCUCCUGUGAUCGUUCUUGUCAAUCCGCCAAAUGUCGCCGAGAAGACGGGCAAGAAUGUCUGGGGAAAGGACAAGGGUGUGCUGGGAAAGCUCAAGGCCGACUUCAACAUCAGUAAACGAGACAGAUGUGUCCAGCUCAACCUACCCCCUCCUGGCACCAGCGACCCCGCCGCCUGGCCAGAGCUCAUCAACAAGCUCAAGGAGAGCUUUGUGUCUGCUUUCGACUCUGCUAUUCUAGAGCGUGAAGAUGAAGUGAAGCGAGGUGAGGCUCAGCGAGUAGUUGUUGGUUGGAACUUUUGCACUUGGUUUCUGCUUAAGGAAUCGCUGGCACAGUCGUUCGAAUCAGUAAAUCUGAACGAGGACUCUCUGAUCAUCUACGAAGAGCUCGAAGCGGCAUUCAUCCAGAUAGUAAAAGAACAAAACCUCUCGUGGUUUGGCAGACUAGGUGCGACUGGCUCCAAAGACGACUCUCUGCCUAUAUUAGACACCCAGGUCAAGCCCUACCGCGAUCUGCUACGGAGCAGCUCCAUCAGCAUCUUUGACUUUAGAGUCUAUCUUUUUGCAAAGCAAGGGAUCCUGCUAGGAAAGCUUGGACGGAUAACAGAGGUUGCCAAGCGGGGUCAGUGGUUUGUGGCCAGCCUGGCCAAGCGUCUCCGGGAAAACGAGGCCGAAUUGGUAAAUCAUUUUAUCGAAUCAUGGACUUAUACGGCGUGCAUGGACGUUGUUGAAAAGUGUGACCAUUGGUCGUGUAUAGAUAGGCCCAACGGGGACUAUUCGGGUUUGACGGCGUACGAGUCGGCCAGAUCGGAACUCUUGGACAUUGCUCGUAUACAAGUCGAGCGCCUUGGCGUUUCGGUCGGCCAUCUUCCGAACGAAUACCCCUUCCAACAACCCGCCCCACCUCAGCAAUCCAGAUCCGGCGACGUUCUUUUCGAAGACCCCUCCGAAACAUCCCAGCCCCCUUCCCCUGUCAAAUCCAAUCGCCCCGAACUGUCCAACCCCAUCCUCCUGCCCGCUAUCGCUUCCCAGGCCGACUUUAUCCCGCUUUAUCGCGACCUCACCAUCCAGGCUAUUGAGGCGUAUGAAAAGUGCAAUAAACGGGCUUCGGCUAUACGGCCAAAGACAGACUUGGUGGCUGUAUCACUACUGAACCAAGACUUUGAAGAGACAUACGACUUGUCCAGGGCGCUGGCAAAGGAGUGUGUAGACUUGCGGGUGUGGGAUCCGGUACUGCGCUACGCGCUUAGGUCGGCUCUCAAGUCGCAUGACCAUCUGGGCAAGGCGAGAGAUAGGAGCUGGGGUGACUUGGCAGUGGCUUAUAUGAGGGUGUGUUCGGGAGAAAAGGAGGGGACGGAAGAGUUGAGGGAAGUUGUGGAUGGUCUGCAGAAAUCGCAAGCGUCUUGGGAUGUUGAGGGGCACAAGGCGUUCUCGUUGCGGGUCGAAGGCGAUGAGACGACUCUGGAUGGCGACGAGAUAACCCUAGAUGCGGAUGUGACUAAUUCACUGGACAUGUCCAUAGAGAUCACCGAGAUCGCCGUCGACCUAGUCAACGCAGCAGGGGAAAGCAUAUCGUUCUCUGUGGAGAGUUAUGUACUUGAGCCAGGAGUGAACCAUAUCCGACUCACUUCUUCUACCUCGACGCAGGGUAUUUACAUACUCCAGAGCGCAACCAUCACCCUCGGCCAAGUAAAUUUUGUCUACAACAAGGCUGUCGAAGGCUCGACCUUCAAAGUCAGGAGGGAUGAAACGGGGUGUACAGUCAAACUGGAUAGCGAUUCGAUGGUUGUACUCGAGAUAACGAGCGGCAAGUCGGAUCUGCAGGAAGUGUUGUUGAGCUUGCGAUCGUUGAAUGGAGAAAUCCGGUAUAUGUUGGGAGCUGCCACGAGAGAGGGCAAAAGGCUAGAUCUCAACGACCAGGGCGAGAUCGUUGUUGGCGCGAUAGCGAUUGAGAAGGUUGUGGAGAUUAUCAUUCCCUAUAGCGGUGUUCCCCAAGGAGAUUCUGCCCAGGCGUAUAUCGCCUUGGAGUAUGAGGCCAACGGAAAGCUGCGCGAAUGGGUAGACACCCAAAAGGUCAAUAUGAGCUUGCCAUUGACUGUCAACGUUCAAGACUUUUUCCGUCCACAAUUCCUUCUCUCACAUUUUACGAUCUCCUCAGAAGAGACGGAUUCGCUUAGGGUGCAGUCUGUCGAGCUGAAGGCGUCUGAGGAAAGUGAAUACGCAGUUGAAGCAUGUAGGAAGGAAUGGAACGAGACAAUCGUCGUCAAUCCUAGACAGCCGCUGUCUUGUCUAUUCAAGAUACGGCGGAAAGAGUCGGGCGACCCAUCAGUCGUUCUCAGGAUGGUCAUCAAGUAUCGAAACAUAGAGCAAGAAAUACGCCACUCUGUCGCCGCUGCCAUUCGGACUCUUCCUCCUGUGUCUCGUGCACCCGUCGAACGCAAGAUUCGGCCACUCCUUUCGGUCAGCUCAAAUUGGAAGGCGUAUCUUGUGGGUGAGCCGUUGGGUCAACUUCUACGACCAGCUCUUGAAAACGAUAUACCGAACGUGGAAUCGUUCUGCAGAGCUUUGGACGCAGUUGAACAACCUGUCUGGCGAAGCCUGGAGAUACCGGUGGAUGUGCCUCAACGAAGACUUCUCACAUCUAUCCGAAUCACACCCCGCUCCACCUCCGGCCGAGGUCUGAUCUAUCGAGGCCAGCCUCUUGCCAUGGUCAUCAGCCUCUCGACCUCUCCUCUUUGGAUGAGCCUGCCCACGCCUUUGUCUGAUGAAGAGAAGAAUCAGGAGCUCGUAUUCGACGUGCAGGUCAAUGCGGAUGAUUGGCUGGUGUUGGGCAAGAAGAAGGGGUGCUAUACGGCGGAUCCUGGCAAGGACGAAGAGCAAGAAAUAAUACUUCUUCCACUCCGUUCUGGUACAUUGUUCCUGCCCACCGUCUCUGUGCAGCCACUCGACACCUUGACCCCUCCAGACGCAUCUGACAAGAGUCAGGCCCGUAGCCAGGUACUUUGCGAGUCGUUUGUCGAGAACGCGGCCGAAGUGGUGAGGGUUCUAUCAGCACAGAAGGAGGUGACAGCUUUGGUACCUGCUGCACUUCCUGCAGGUAUACCAGCGAGAGAUUGGGAAGACGAUCGUCUGUGA